UUGUGGUGACAUGUGACAUUGACAUUUUAUCAAAAGUAAACUAGGUAGGGUCAUGUUUUUUCAUUUUCGUAUUUUAAUGACCUAAUCUGUGUAAUUUAUGUUAAAAGAUAAUGUAAACUAUGUGUGAGGUAGGGGAACCUAGUCGAAUUUUAGCUUCUACGCCAUCCUCAAGUACGUCAGGUUGUUUGUCUAACGAUGAAAGUGCAGAAGACCACCUUUUGCCGUCGAGUUUGGCAGCCGAAGAAUUACAGUUGGCCUUAAAUAAGGAAGCAACAGAAGAUGAGUUGCUUAAAGCUAUCAGUCGUUGUAAAGACUUGGUCCUAGAAAGCAAUCAGUGUUCACUUGAACGCAAAUGGCUUGUUAGACAUCUUAUUGAACUGCGUCUACGUUUGCAAGAAUGUAGGGAGGCAAUGGUGGACCCUCAGCAUCCCAGAAAUAAGAGCAGUGGUGUGUCUAAAAGAACUGUAAGAGGGCAUCAUUUAAAUUUGCAACCGUUAUUAAGAAGCACCUCUUCCAAGUACUGUGAUCAUUGCACAGGCACGAUUUGGAGUGUAGUGCAAGCUUGGUAUGAAUGUGAGGACUGUGGUUAUUCAUGUCAUCACAAAUGUAUUUCUCAAAUUAUAAGAGAAUGUGCACAUGUUGUUGCAAGUGAACGUGGAAGUUAUGAACUGGAAAUUUGCCCAGAAGAAGGUCUAUCAGCACAGAAGUAUUUGUGUGCUGAGUGUCGCUCACCUUUACCAAUAACUGCUCCAAAAGGGAUAAGCUGUCUUGGUAGAUUGCUAUUUCCAGAUAAAGACUGGAGUGAAGCUCGCCGAUGCGAUUAUUCAGGCCUCUACUACUGCACAGCCUGCCAUUGGGGUAGUUCGGCCGUCGUUCCUGCUCGAGUGGUGCACAACUGGGAUCUUUCUCCUCAACCUGUGUGUCAAGCCAGCUUACAACAGCUUCGUGUGACAGCAAAUCGCCCAUUAUUAAAUCUAGAAGAGUUAAAUCCUCGUUUGUUUUCAUUUGUCCAUGAAUUGAGUUUGGUUCGGCGAUUAAGGCAAGAAUUGCACGGAAUGAGGAAAUAUUUAUCGGUCUGUCGUAACGCCACUGAAGAUCAUCUGUUAUGGAAACAUGUGGAUGUCCCGCACUUGGUGGAAACCCCAGAACUGUAUAGUCUUCAAGAUUUGGUUGAUACCCAUUCUGGAGAAUUGCCGAGUAAACUUCACACCGUUAUUGAUGUGUUUACUAAACAUAUUAAAGUAAGGUGUGAGGUAUGUCGCGGAAGAGGGCAUAUUUGUGAAAUAUGUUCAAACGAUGAGGUUCUGUUUCCUUUUGAUGCUGCAGCUGUGAUUUGUAAAGAUUGUAAUGCCGUUUUGCAUAAGAGUUGUUUUAAUAGAAAAAAUAAUAACUGUCCAAAAUGUAUUCGAAUAGAGCGGCGAAAGGAACAAGAGCAAGUUGAAGACGGACAGACUGAAGCUUGACUGUGAUAGGGAUAGUGCAUUAUAAUCAGACGUUAUAUUUGAUUUGUUGUAGGUAAUAGGUAUGUCAUGGUACCUAUGCUACCUAAGUAUCUAAUAAUUUAUUUGAAUGUUUUGGCUUAGUAUUUUUCUAACUUAAAUUAUUUACAUUUUAAAUUAUUUGUUAUAUAUAUUAAAUAAACCUUUUUCUAAUA